CAAUUUAUUGUAUUUUACUACCCUUGAAGGUUGCUUCACUAUAAUUAUUAUAGCUGAGCUAACUCUCCCAAGAUCAAGAAGGUUUCUCAUUUUCUGCAAAGACAUUACGACGGAAGGUUGUUUGCCUGUGAAGUGAAUAGAAUGGCUUCCCAGUUUGAAGAGGUGCUAGGGAUGAGGAAGACACUCAGUAUUGGAAGCUCUAGUCAUGAGAGCCCUGCCAUGAUUGAGUCUAGAACGAGAACAUUCAUCACCUGGAUCAACAAGAAGGUGGAAGGAAGAGGACUGAACAUCAGCAAUCUCACUGAUGACAUGGAGAAUGGAAUUGUUCUCAUCAAGCUACUCGAAUGCUUAGCACCAGGCAAGAAAAUGCCGGGAAGAUACUAUGCCCGACCAGUCAUCAAGAUUCAAAAAGUCCAAAACCUUGCCAUUGCCUUCAAGUUCAUUACGGAAGUGGAGAAGAUAGCUGUCUCCAAUAUACAGCCAAAUGAUAUCUUGCAACACAAGGAGCACUGUGUUAUCUCAAUUAUAUGGCUACUCAUCCUCCAUUACGAAAUCGGCUAUACUGCUGCAAACCUCGAAUCAGCCUUCAUGAUUCUCAAGCGAGCACUCCUCACUUGGAUCAACGGGGUCCUGCCCGGCCAAAACAUCACCAACUUCAACACAGAUUGGAAAAACGGACUGAUGCUGUCUGUUCUCAUCAACUACUGCCAGCCUGGACUUAUCGACACUGCUUCCCUUAAAGCUUCGAAUGCCGCUCAAAAUGUCCAAAGUGCAUUGAUGAUUGCAAAGACAAAACUAGCAAUCGAACCGUCCAUUGCUCCUGAAGAAUUCGCUCUCGAGAAACCCGAUGAAAUCAGUAUGAUGAUGUAUAUCUCCCAGUUCUGUGUCUCCGGCUCUUGCGGACAGAGUACUCUUCUGCAAUGGAUCCAACAGCAAAUCCCAAAUGAAGACGUGAAAGACUUUUCAAGUAGCUGGACUAGUGGAAAGGCCCUUGGAGCACUCACAAAUGCUGUAUCUGGAGGAAAGUUCCCAAGCUAUUCUGAAAUGACCCCCGAAAACUCUCCUGCCAACAUCGAACAAGCAAUGGUUGCAGCUGAAAAAUUGCUUGGAGUAAGAAGAACUGUUACACCUGCCAAAUUUACCGAAGUCGAUGAACUCUUGCGACUUAGCUACCUGGCCCAGUUCAACAGUGCCAAAGAAAACACUACUUCCCUCAUGGCUGUUCCUGCUGCAGCUGACAAAGUUGAAGUCAGUGAUAUACAGAUCCCGAAUGUACUCGGAGCAGGGAAGCUGGUGUGGGUGGAGCUAGACUGUUCCGAUGCUGGAUAUGGAGAAGUACGAGCUGAAGUACAAGGAAGAAGUGCCGGCAAUGUUCUAGUUGCUGUAAAAGAAGUGGAAAGAGAUGGCAACGUUGGAACUGAUAAGUAUCGAGUCAGCUUUGAGCCAGCAUCCGUUGAUGUGUACAAAUUCUCGAUCUACUACGGCACCGAUCAUGUGACAGGGUCUCCCUUCGCUGUCAACCUCUACCCGCCAGACUCUGAGAAGGUACUACACGCUAGCACUGCAGACAACAGCGAGACUGGACAAGACGUAGCUCUGAACUUUGAGACAACAGAAGCAGGAAGGGGCAAACUCAGCGCCAAAGCUGAAGGAGAAAUUAGCGGUAGAGUGCCUGUCAAGAUUACACCACUUGGUGAUGGUACCUUUGCUGUAACCUUCAAUCCACAAUUUCCAGAUAUCUACACGGUCGAUGUUUUCUGGGGGAAAUUCUCCGCCCAAGCCAUUGGAGAGACAACUGGACCAGUGGCUCUGCAAGUCAACCAAGACAAGAAGAGCGAGUACCUAGUCUCCUUCAAGCCUCCAAACCCCGAUAUCUAUAUGGUUGAUGUCAGUUGGGAUGGAAAGCCAGUGCCUGGAUCUCCUUUCCUGGUCGAUUUGCUACCACCCCCAAGACCAGAGGAGGUGGAAUGUGCAGUGCCAAUCUACAACGAGCCGGGAGAAGAAGCUGAACUUCUUGUUGAUACUUCGAAUGCUGGAUCUGGUGACAUCAAAGCUACAUGCACUGGAGAGAAAAUUGGAAGUGUGCCUGUUGAGCUGAGCAAAAUAGUUGGGAGAACGUAUCAAUGCACUUUUACUCCACCUGAGAAGGACCUUUACACAUUGAAUGUACUCUUUGAUGACAAGCACGUAAAAGGAUCGCCAUUUACGAUCGAUAUGAGACCUGGUGCUGUACUAGAAGUUGGAGAGAUUAUUGAGGCGCCUGUUCUUUAUGCAGCUCCCGAUGCAAGCAAGUGUGUACUCUUGAACCUUCCUCGAUCAGGAAUCAUUGUGCCCAUUGACAGACCACUCUCUUUCUCUGUCGACUGCAAAGAUGCCGGACCUGGAGUAAUUGAUGUCACCGUUGAGGGACCUGGUGCCCCACAAAUUACCAUCAACUCACGACCACAAGAAAGAAAUAUGUUCGAUGUGACUUUUGUAGCAAACCGAGCAAGACCAUACAAAAUCAGUGUCACUUGGUCUCAACAACCAAUACCGAAUGCUCCAUUCUCAGUGAAUGUUUUCGAUCCAGACACCGCUACAAGCUAUCCUUACGGCAAGCCAGUGGGAGUGGACUGUGAUAUUGAAGGCAAGAGUGGUGAUAUCAAGGCUGUGGCAAUCCAUGAUAGCACUGGCACUAAUUACAAAGUCAAGAUCGCAAAAGUGCAGAAGACAAAGUACAAACUUUCAUUUUCUCCAAAAGACCACGGACUGUAUCGUGUGCAUGUGACUGUCAAAGACAAAGAAAUUUCAGAGAGUCCGAUUUUGAUCCGCUACAGCAAGCCCUCCAAACCUGAAGCCGUUUCUGUGGGAGGUCUGGGCAGAAAGUGCUUUGUUGGAGAGCCCUUGAACUUCACUGUCAUUGCUGCCGACGCUGGGCCUGGUGAUAUUUCUGUGAAGGUUCUCGGACCGAAACAAAAGAAAGACAAAUCUGUUGAACUUCCAGUUACCGACAAGAUGAAUGGAAUAUACGGUGUUGACUACACUCCUCAAAUGAUUGGCGAUCACAGCUUUGCAAUUACCUGGGGUGGAAAAUCAAUUCCAGGAAGUCCUUUUGUCACCAAUGCUAAAGAACGUUCUCUAGACAUUGUCACUGAUGUGUAUCGUGUGGAAAAUUACGGCAAGCCAAACGAAUCCAAAAAAGAGAUCCCUCCUUCUCAAGAGAACAUCAAAUCGAUAGUAGGCGAUCCAAUUCUGCUCAACAUUUCUGUCUCAGAUGACCUAAGUGAGGAGCCACUAACUGCCACAGCUACUGGAACUAACAGCGGACCGACUGAACUCAAAAUCACCAAACCAUCGAGCAAUGUACACUCAGUUAUGCUGAAUCCGACAGCAGGAGAUACCUACACCAUUUCAGCCACGGUUGGAGAUAAGGAAGUUCCAAGAAGCCCUGUGACAGUUGAAUACAAUGCCCUAGUUGCUGAUGCAAACAAAUGCCGAAUUGUUGGGCUAGACGAAAAAUCACCUCUGUAUGUGAACAAACCCAUCAACUUCAAAGUGUAUACCGAUGGAGCUGGACCAGGUGAUCUUGCAGUCACAGCUGAUGCACCACUCGUUGAUGAGGCCCCUGCAAUUGAAGUGAAACAAUCACCAGUUGAAUCUGCCUACGAUAUCUCAUACACCCCAAGAGCACCUGGAGAACACAAGCUCAAUGUUACAUGGGCUGGAGAGGCUAUUCCAAACACACCAAUUCAAGUCAAUGUUGCAGAUCCACCCACCUACGGAUUCGGACAGCCAGUUGGAAUGGACAUCAAUGCUGACUGCAAGCUAGGAGAUUUAGAAGCACAUGCAGUUCACGUGGAUUCCAAUACACCGUACAAAGUCAAAAUCUCGAAGGUGACCAAGGGAAAAUACAAACUGAGUCUCGAACCCAAAGACCCUGGAUACUACCACAUCCAUGUGCUCAUGAAACAGAACAAAAUCAAAGGAAGUCCGUUUGUUAUCAAAUAUGGCCAACCAGCUCAACCCGAGAAAUGCUCCAUCCGAGAUCAACCAGACUUUGUGUACAUCAAUCGUCCAAUCACUUUCACUGUGGAUACCAACGGCGCUGGAAGUGGUGAACUCGGUAUCAAAGCGUCAGUGCCUCCAACUGAAGAAGGAGUGAGCAACCCAGAACUGAAAGUCAAGAACAACAAAAAUGGAACUUUUGGUAUCGAGUACACUCCAAACGCCACCGGAAAGCAUUCAUUUGACGUGCUUUGGUCUGGGCAAUCCAUUCCUGACAGUCCAGUACAAGUUGACGUUCGUGAUGAAGGUAUGAAUCUCACUGACUUGCUAGAUGGCUACAUUUCCGCACCAAGAGGCCUACCUGUUGAGGAGAAGAUUGAAGAAGCUAUUCCAGCCUACGAAGUUGAGUCUGGGAAUCCUGCUAUGUUCCCAGUGGAGCCAGAAGCCCCCAUUCUCGUAGAGCGUCGGAAGAAUCCUAUCACCAUUGUUAUUGGCAAAGCACUCAAACUCAAAGUGCGUCCAAAAGAUGAGAAACAGCGAAAUGGUACUCUCGCUGCAAGAGCUUAUGGAGAAGUUACUGGACCUUCCACCGUCAAAACUUCACAAAAUGCUGAGGGUGUAUUUGAGGUUUAUUUCAAUCCACCGGAGCCUGACUACUACGUGGUUGAGGUGAAGCUGAACGAUGAUAAUGUGCCACAGAGCCCCUUCCAUGUGCUCUACAUUCCAGCCCCUGUGGAGGAGCCAGUUGUGCAAGCACCUACCGAACAAGUGGAAGCAGUCUUUAUUCCGGAGAAACCCAUCGACUAUCAUAUUGACCUUAGUACUGUACCCAGUGGAACUCUUUCUGCCAAGUGCGUUGGAGACGAAUGUGGAGAUGUUCCUGUCACCUACAAACCUAUUUCUCCAGAUUCUAAGAAAUAUAAGAUUGCAUUCGUGCCUCCUCAACCAGACCUCUACCAUCUGUCAGUGUUCUUCAACGAGAAAGAGCUUAAAGAUUCUCCUUACAAGAUUGAUCUGCGCCGGAAAAUGAUCGAAGAGGAGCUAGUUAUGGCUGAGAGAAUAGAGCCAGUUGAGAAUAUUCCAAUCCUCCUCGAGGAAUCUCCUCCCCCCGAUAUGGAUAAAGGAAGCAAUCUCUCCCUCAACACACUCGAUGCACACACUGUCGAAGAAGUUCCAAAGGAGGAAUUCACCAUCUUCAUUGGUACACCUCUAGUUGUCAAAGUUCACCCGAAAAGUGAUGAGCAGAAGAAUGGAGUACUAAGUGGAUCAGCCAUUGGAGACGCAGUUGGUAACUCAGCAAUUUCCACCUACAAGCAACCAGACUCUGACACCUUCAUGUUCCACUUUGACCCUACUGAGCCGGAUCGCUACACUGUGGAUGUGAGAAUCAAUGAUGAGGCAGUGCCCAGGAGUCCAUUCAGAGUCAAUUACAUCAUGCCUCCCACAGACGCCAGCAAGUGCAGUCUAAUUGGCGUUAAAGACAUUGGAAGUUUUGUGGAAGUGGGAUCUGACAUUGAACUUAGAGUAGAUGCCAAGAAAGCUGGUCCCGGUAAUCUUGAAGUGCUGGCAGAGAGACCCUCCGAAGAUGAUAGAAGAGAACCUACUUCCAUGCUCUCAGCAACUCCCUCGCAAAAGGACAGAGGAUUCUAUGACAUUACAUACAUCCCUCAAUCGCAAGGAAAACACACUCUCAAGUUUAACUGGGUCGAUCAGGCGAUACCUAUGUCACCAGUGGAUAUAUUUGUUGUGGAUCCAAGCCAAACCGAAGUUGUUCCAAAUGGGAAGCCAGCUGCUAUUGACAUUGACGCUGAUGGAAGCCUCAAAGCUAACUGCAUUCACAAAGAGACCAACCAAAACUACAAAGUUAAGAUCAGCAAAGUACACAAAGGAAAGUAUCGAGUCUCCUUCCAACCAAAAGACCUUGGCUACUACUUCCUUCACACAUACGUUAAAGACAAGGAGUUGCCUAGGAGUCCCUACAUAAUUCGCUAUGCAAGGCCUGCCAAACCUGAAGCUGUUAAGGUGAUUGGACUGGACACUAGAUCGUACAUGGGUGAGACGGUAGAUUUCACAGUGAAUGCUCGAGAAGCAGGAGACGGUAGUCUCAAUAUAAAAACUCUUGGACCUGACGGCAAAGAAACUGAAGGGCCUCAAGUGAGGGACAAUAAAGACGGCACUUACUCUGCAGAGAUCACUCCAAAGGUUCCUGGCAUGUACGAGCUUCAGAUGACAUGGGGUGGCCAACCAAUACCCGGUCAACCAUUCCCUCUGUUUGUGCGGGAUCAUUCUAGUGAAGAACUGCUUGCUUGGCUAUUUGAAAUUGACAGAACCGGAGAGCUCCGUUCCAUUAACUUCCCAGCUGAAGGUGAAGUGCUGGAGGACACAACUGAUCACACUCUCGUCCUCAAAGUCAGAGCACGCACUGAGGAGCAGAAAAAAGAGAAAUUGACUGCUACUGCAACAAAUGUAGAGACUGGCAAGAGAGCUAACCUCGCAGUCACAAAAAAAGGAGUUGACACAUUUGAAGCAAAAUUUGUCCCACCAGUUCCUGCAACAUACAAGAUAGAGUCGCAGCUUGGCUCUUCACCUGUACCUCAAACUCCAUUCUCCGUAAAAUACGAAACUCCCAAAGCAGAUGCUGGCAAAUGUAAGAUCCUAGGUCUGGAGAGUCACCCUGAGACGUUCCAAGUAAACAGACCAAUCAAUUUCCAAGUGGAUACUCGACUGGCUGGUGAAGGCAAGCUCAGUCUGACUGCUGAGGGUGUGCAAGUGAGACCCAAACUUGAAGCCAUGCCUAAUAAAGACACGCCAAGCAUAAUUGACGUUACCUACACACCAGCUGCUCCUGGAACUCACCGCAUCAAAGUUUUGUGGUCAGGCGAGCAUGUGCCCAAAUCUCCCCUGACUUUCCCAGUGGAAGCAAUCCCUAGAUUCCCAUAUGGCAAAGCAAUCGGCUAUGAUCUAGACAUUGAUGCUAAGCACGGCGAUAUCGAUGCUCAUGUAAUCCACGAGAACACCAACACUCGUUUGAAGGUGAAAACAAGCAAAGUGUCCAAAGGAAAGUAUCGAUUUGGCUUUAGCCCCAAGAAACCUGGACUUUACGCUCUACACAUCCUUGUUAAGAAAAGGGAGAUCAAACAGAGCCCAAUCUACUUUCUCUAUGAAGGUCCUCCUGAUGCUUCGGCCUGUGUGGUAAAGGAAAUGCCAGAGGACUGGUAUAUACAUGAGCGAGCAUCCUUCACUGUGGAUGCCACCAGUGCAGGCAGCGCUAAUCUGCAAGUGAAAGUAACAGCUCCUGUGAAGGGUAAAGAGGGUGAGGUUAAAAUCAUCAACAAUGAAGAUGGUACGUAUGCCGUUGAACACACUCCUGAAACACUGGGUGACCACAAGUUUGCAGUGAUGUGGGGAGGAAAAGUAAUUCCCGAUUCUCCAGUCAAAACUACUGUAAAGAGGCGAGCUCCAAAAGCCAAAACUUGUCUAGGACCGUACGUGAAUGUGAUCCCUGUUGGCGACAGAGUGGAACUGGAUGUGGUGAAUCUUGGAAGGUAUGCUGCUGAUACGAACUAUGUAACAGCCACUGCUCGUAGCAAGGUAGGCAAGGACCAACCCACAGUGGAGGACAAAGAUGGCAUGUGCACUGUUAACUUUGUGCCAACAGUUGCCGAUGACUAUACACUCAAUGUUAAAAUCCAUAAUGAGGACAUUGACGGCAGCCCCUUCCUGAUCAAGGCUGUAGAGAAACCUUGCCUCACCAAGGACUAUGUUUUACCCGAAGAAGCUAGUCCCAGUGAUGUUGAAGCUGGCAAAGAAGUGUGCCUAAUACUGCCCAAAGACGAGACCUUGCCAGACAGUCUGCCAUAUGUGAAUACCAUCGGACCGGAGGGACCUUGUGAUAUAAAGCUAAUCGACCAGGUGGAGAGCUCUUAUGGCAUAAACUUCACUCCCACCAUCCCUGGAGACUAUCUUGUACAUGUUAAGAAAGACAAAGACGCUGAAGGUGAAAUUGAUAGGAGUCCCUUCAAAAUCAGAGCCAUUGAGAAAGAGUCUGAUGCACACAAGGUAGUCAUACCCGAUACCUUCCAGUCACUCUUGGUGAGGCCAAUCCCUCUUGGCUCUCAAGUUAACUUUGAUAUAAACACUGCUAGUGCUGGUUAUGGUACGCUUAAAAUCAAGCAGAGAGGAGAAGGCAAAGCUACAAUCAAUCUCUCUGAGAAAGAAGAAGGUGUGUAUGGCUGCAAGGUUGUGCCCACAGAGAGGGGAAGAUGUCAACUAGAUGUGCUGUGGAAUGACGAGGAUAUUCGCGGCAGCCCCUUGCGUUUGAUGUUUGUACCAGUGACUGGCCUUAACUUGGAGGGUGAGACGUUUGUUGUUGGAACACAAAACAGGUUUGUAACCGACCGCAAGAGUGUGACGGAAGGAAAACUGGAUAUAUACUGCUCAGAAACUCAAGCCGCAGACAUCACAAUCGAGUCAUCUGAUGAUGGUAUGGAAUUUUACUGUGUGAUUACUGUCAAGAAAGCAGGUGAUUAUCAGAUAAUUGCCAAAUACAAUGGCUACCACGUUGUCGGCAGUCCAUACAAUGUCCACUUUCAGAAACCUGCUUCUACGGGUAUGUCCUUCUCUCUCAAUGCUGAAGGAGCUGACACAAAUGAUCUACGCGCUACCGUUCAGAAUCCUGUUACCUUGGAGCAACUCCCCGUUAGUCUUACUGACCUCUUUGGUGGAAAGUAUGCCCUUGAAUUUGUUCCAUCUGAAGGGCUCGAGUAUGAGGUCACCAUCAAAUGUCGGCUCAAGAUUAAAACAGAAGAAAAGGUGAUUGCAAGAUCUCCAUUUUCACUGAGCUACGAGAACCUACCUGCUGAUGCUAGCAAAUGUCGUGCAGAGGGAAGUGGUCUCACUGGGGCUGUGGCCGGAGAGUGGAGCAGCUUCUUUGUCUACACGGAGGGUGCCGGAACUGGAGAGCUAGGCGUCGAUAUUGCAGGAGAUGUGUUUGGAGAUGAAGAGACUGUAGUUACCGCUGUCUCACACACCAAGUUUGAGGUCAAGUACAUGCUCCGUAUGAAGGGUUCCUACAACAUUUCUUUGACUUGGGACGGACAAGAUAUACCAGGAAGUCCAUUCGAUAUUCCCUGCAUAGCACCACAAUCUGACAAGGGUUUUGGAGACCCUGCCUUUCCAACUGAAAUAUCCCUUGGGGAACCCAUUGAAUUCUCGCUGACACCCACCAAUGCUGAUGUACAAAACACUGACAUUGAAGUUAGAGCGCGAUCGAAAUCAAAGAUCAUUGGCGUAAUUCCUGGAACUGUGACUUCUUCUGGUGAUGGCUCAAUCAAAUGCAGCAUAGAAAUCUCUCAUCCUGGCAAAUAUCUUGUGGAAGUGCUUCACAAGUCGACUCCUCUUUCUGGAACACCUUUCAUUGUGAAAGCAUCACAACCUCCCAAACCAGAAAAUGUUAAAGCUUCAGGACCUGGGCUCCUUGAUGGACUGGUCGGACAAGAGGGCAACUUCACAAUUGAGACUAAUAAUGCUGGUAGCGGGACCAUGUCUGUGAAUGUGGAGGGCCCUAAGGGCAAAUUCCAAGUCAGCCUGAAUCGCCAUCCUGACAGCGACAGGAUCAUCAUAGGCUCAUACAAUCCUCAGCAUGCAGGCGACUAUGUGAUUAGCAUCAAGUGGGCAGGUAUAGAUAUCCCUAACAGCCCCUUCCAAGUCAACAUCAAGGAGAAUUGACAAAUUAACUCAAUUAACAAAAAAUCAAGAAAAGAAAAGAAAAUAGAUUACAUUAGCGAAAAACUUAGUAAUUAAAAAACAUUGGUCAGUAUAUAGUGUGUUUUAUUCUAAGCUAGAAAUUUACCUCAUACUUUUGAUUUAACAAGGAGCUAGAAAUUUACUCCGAUUUAACAUGAACUUACUGUUAA